GAGGGAGGGAGCGAUAGUACGACGCACGACUCGAGCCCGGCUGGUCGUGUCAUCUACGAGCUUUGGCGAAGCGGGACUCGAACUCGAUGUUUGCCGAACUUUUAAAAUUCGAAUUCUAGAAUGAAUAUUCGAAUUACACGUUGAAAUUUUGAAUUUGGAAUUCUAAUAACAUUUUUGUAACGAAUUCUAUUAUGACUAUUCGAUUUUGGAAUAUAGAUUAAUAUUGUAGUGCAACCUAGUGGAUUGUAUAUAGUGUAAUGGUAAACAUGUAAAUUAUCGAUGGUGUGAAAAUUGUACAUAAUUCCGUGGCAGUAUGGUGGAUGCUGGUGUUAAUGAGUGCGAUAACACCGUGAAUGGAAGGAACCAAUUUGUGUUACUUGUAUUUGUGCAUUUACUUCUUAUUGGACUGAAUGGAACUAAUGCCCAAAACCGAGCGCCGCGCAUCAAAGAGCAUCCGUCCAACACAGUCUCGGGCCGCAGCGAGCCGGCCACCUUGAGAUGUGUGGUUGAAGGUCGACCUAAACCCUUUGUGCAGUGGUUUAAAGACGGAUUUCCCUUGCCACCAGCUGAAGAUGGACACAGAGUGUUGCUAGAAGACGGGCUGUUAUUUUUAAGAGUGAAUAGGGGGAAAAGAGACAGCGACGAAGGGAUUUAUUGGUGCGUGGCACGCAACAUCGCCGGCGAAGCAGUUAGCCACAACGCCUCCCUAAACGUAGCUGUUCUUAGGGACGAAUUCAGAGCGGAGCCGAGAGAUGUGCAGGUUUCCGCAGGCGAGCCUGCGUUACUGGAAUGUUCACCUCCUAGAGGAGUUCCAGAUCCUUCGGUUCAUUGGCUUAAAGAUGGUGAAAAGUAUGACGUAGAAGUUAAUGGAAGAGUAACAAUAACCGAUACAGGCAAUCUAAAGAUCUUAGAAACAUUACCCUCAGAUAGCGGCUUGUUUAGAUGUGUAGCUUGGAAUAUAGCUGGUGAAAGGCAAUCAAGAGCGGCGUCAUUAAUAGUUAUAAGGAGACCACAUUUUGUUGUAAAACCUAACAAUGUAACAGCUCUAUUGGGCCAAACGGUAGAAUUUAACUGCCAGAGUUACGAUGCAAGUGUAAAAAUAUCAUGGAUCAAAGAAGACGGAGCGUUGCCUUCCCAUGCCACUAUAAUUCGCGGGCUAUUAAGGCUGGAACACGUGUCCGCGACCGACGCCGGCGUCUAUUCCUGCCGUGCAGAUAGCCACGCGGGCACGAGCAUCACCAGCGCAACGCUCACCGUUUACUCUUUACCACACUUCACGCAGAUACCGUCCAAUUUGACCGCAUGGGAGGGAGAUGUUGUGUCUAUUCCGUGCGACGCUAAAGGAUUGCCAACGCCGACCACUUUUUGGAUAUUAGAGGGCAACCAGGAUUCCUUGCUUUUCCCUGAAUGUACGAAAAGCAACACGAGUUUACUUUACUUGGACAGUGCGAGGGCGGAACACAGCGGUAGGGUAAUUUGUACGGCUGUCAACGCAGCUGGAAGCAUCAUGCAAGAGGCUUACCUUACAGUAUUGAAGAAAGGCAAUAAUGAAUUGAGAGAGCGUACAACGAGUCACGAAUUGAAUAUUGAUUACGAACGGGACGUCCAUAUGACUGAAUACGAACUUGUUCAAGCCAGAAAGUAUUUACAACAAAACGUUUUAGUUUUGAAGCGCAUUGAAGCGAUGUCGUCAUCGUCGUUAAAAGUUGUUUGGGAUGUGUUAACUGACUAUAACGAGUAUCUUGAAGGCGUCAAAAUCUGGUACAAUGGCACUACACUGAACUGGCGCAAUGCAACAGAUGAAGAUACAACGAUAAUAAAUUCAUCUCAUUCAGAUUCCAUUCUGUGCUCAAAUGGGUCUCUCAUGAACGUCGACAACAGUGGAUCGUCGAGUUAUAUACUAACAGGGUUGAUGGCGUAUACACAAUACGAUAUAUUCUUGAUGCCAUUCUACAAAAUGUUGCUCGGUAAACCAUCGAAUAUGAUGUUAGGAUACACUGAAGAAGAUAUACCACUGGCACCUCCGCAAAGCGUGACUGCUGGUGUGAUAAAUGCAACGUCGGCGUGGAUACGAUGGGAGCCGCCGCCAGCGAGUACCUGGAACGGGGAACUUACUGGAUAUUUGAUAGAAAUACGUGUGAGCGGUAGCACAGGCGGCCGAGUGGUAGGUCAGAUGUCACUGGGUCCGCGGACGCGCGCGGCCACUGCUAGCGCACUGCGUACGGGCGGGCGGUACAGCGCGCGCGCAGCAGCCGUCACGCGCCGUGGACACGGGCCCUUCAGUGCGCCCGCGCAGAUCCACAUGCUCCCAACGCAGUCUCAGCGACACUAUGUUCAAACUGAACCGCCGAAAGACUCGAAUAUUCCGCACAUUCUGCAAGAAACCUGGCUUCUAGUACUAGGGCUGACGUUACUAUCAAUGAUCGGUAUAGGAGUCCUUAGCAUUUUUUACAUCAAACGCCGGAACAACAUACAAAGAAAGAAGUCUACGGGUCAAUCGAUUGUCACGGCGCAACAAUGCUUGUUAAAUAAAGAUACAAUUUGGUUGCGCGACCGGCCAGUUUUCGGCCCACCGAAUGACACCAGUUUGGAAAUGAACAGUUGCCAUCAGAGUCUUUUGCAUGGUGGACAAUCAACAAGCAUAAUGAGCGUAGAACCAGAAUACAGUCUUCCACAAAACUCAAUCCAGGCUUUAGACGCAUCCAGCGUGGACAGAAUACGCCGCGGGCCGCCCGAACCGUACGCCUCCAGCGCCAUUUACACAGAACUCAACUUCAAGGACAAUAACGACAUCGGAGACCUGAGAAACUGUCCAGAAAGACGAUCCCAUAACAACAGCAUUGUUAGAAGUUGUAAUGGGAGUAUUCAGUACUCUAAUGGUGAAUGCUCGACUUGCUGUCAUAGUACCUCGAGCAGAUCCACCAAAGACUAUAGAGAACCGAGGCACGAGACCGUUCAUAAUGAGAUUAACGUGUUAGAGGAUGAUUGUGCGUCGUGCCAUACCAACAGAUCCGGAUCGAGGAGCAGACAGGACAAAAGCAAAGUGUGCCCGGCCGCCAGUGAUUUAGAGUACGACUAUCCGCAGUGGCACUGGCUAGGAAGGGAGAACAGUUUCAAAAUUCCCAUUCAGACGAGUAGACACUCGAACGUAGCGAGGUCGGAGCAGGGCUGUCAAAUAAAUCUGUGUGAUAUACUGCCACCGCCGCCGUAUGAGAGUCCGGAAAACAAACAAGGCUACGGUUCAGAUAAACCUUAGGUUAGAACAUAUUCAUCUAAGUUUUCAACGCAAAGCAAUAAUCAAUACCUAUCGUUUUAAAUGUUAACUGUAAGUUAUAGAUACAGGUAGGUUUGUAGUUUUGAUGGAAAUUGUCUUUAACGAAACGAUAAGAAACAGAAAAUUGUUGUCAAACAAUGAAGUUAGGUGUAUGUAGUUAAACAGUUUUAGGAACCUGUAGAUAUUGAAAUUUGAUAAUUGUUAUUCGUAAUUUAUUCCUAAUCUAUAUUCUAGUCACCGCUUAUAGGACUAGCUUUACCAUCGGUAUUAACAUUAGAGAUUAUACUGUAUUCGUAACUUCUUACUCUUUUGUAUGUAAAGUUCUGCAAAUUUCAAGGUUGUUUAUAAUACGACUGUUAAAUCUAGAAGUAAUGGCCCGCGUUUCACUGCCAUAUAGGUACUGUUAGAAUUAUUAGAAUAUUAGUUGUAUAACCUUUGACUGUGAUAUUUAUAUUAAAAGUCAUGUAUUAGAAGUAAAUGUAACCCUUAGUAUAAUUAAGUAUGCGAAUUGAAUCCUUUCCCACAAUAUGCUAAUUUAGCCAGCCAUGUAAUUUAUACGUACGUAUUCAAGAGUUGCCUGAGCAACAAUUUUAUCUACCAUCGAAAUAUUUUCAGAAGCCGUUGUGUUUAUAUCCGAUAUAAAAAUCUCAAAUAAAGCAACUUUAUCAAAA